AUGGCGGGGGACAGUAAUUGCGGAAUUCGGGCCGUAUCGACUUUGCUUGGUAUGGGAGAUGAUGCUCAUGAGCUUGUCUGUCAUGAUCUUAUGGAAGAGUUGGUGAACCACAAAGGAUCGUACAUGCGGGUAUUUGGAGACAACACCAAAUUUCAAUCGGUCAAUGAUUCUCUUGUUCCUUUGAGGGACACAUAUGCACCGGAGGAACAUUGGAUGAGAUUCCCGGAAAUGGGACAUCUAAUUGCACGCGCAUAUGACAUGGCAUGCAUUGACUUGAAACCUUUUUCCCGCUUCGCACCUCCUACAAAUCCAAUUGAACGUAUUAUAUGUGUUGGAUGGCUCGCCAAAUCGCGUCAUUUUGUACAAGCUUACUUGAAAUUGGGUUGCCCAAUACCACCGACAUCACCGGAAUGGGAUCUAUAUCAUAUCGAACUUGCCGAUACAUGGCCGGAUGUAUUUGUUGAUAGGAUGCAUGAAUACGAAAGAUUGAAGAUUAUCGAUAAACAAGCGAAUGCGAAAAAGUCAAAAUUAGAAUCACCAAUAGAUUUAGCUGGCGACGGUUCUUUUCACGUAUUUAUCUAG